AUGCCAAGGACAGUCGGCGCGAAGGACAUCUCGCCGAAAGUACGCGUUGCGGUGGUGGUCUAUCUUACCACCUUAAGUAAGGAAUGCCGCCUCCGCUACGGGACCAUCGUGCGGGCCAAGAGGCUGUUCAAGCUCAGCCACGCUGCCAUCGAGACCAUCUGGGGUCUUCGGGGCGAUCCAGCUGCGCUGGUGCAGCCUCGGCGGCCGUACCCACCCAAGCCGACGCGUAUCAGCCCCAAAGAGGUGGGCGAGCGUGUUGCGGCCGUGCCGCUCUGCCAGCGGCAGACUCUGCGCCUUCUCGAGGCGGCUUCCGGCAUCCCAAGAUCAGGCACCUCAAGUCCAAGGUCCUGCGGCGCUUCAUAUCAAGGGUCAGCCGACGCUUACGGACGCACACAAGCUUCAGCGGCUGAUGUGGGCUCUUGCCCAAGUGCAGCGUCCAAUCGGUAG